AUGUCGUUAGGGUUAAAUGAGGGCUCCGAGGGCAGAGUCCCUGCGGCCGCGGCUGCAAAGGAGUUGGCUCUACUCCUCCGUAACCUGAACAAGGGAGACGGUGUCCAUCUCUUUAUGUAUUGCGUGCGCGGAACGCGAGCUACAAAGGCUCUACGAACCAAUUACAAAACCUUCUCAUCAGCCAUCGGUGACAGCAAAGUGCCGAUUGUUAUCGUAGCGACACACCUGGAAUACUGGCGUCCAGUGAUGACAGAGUGGUGGAACCGGAACAAGGACGAGCUUGCGAAAUAUGGGAUGCAUUUCCCUGGACAUGCUUGUGUCACAACUCUGCCGGGUGGACGCGCACAAUCCCAGGAUUUACGACAAGGUCGUGCACAGUCUUACGAAGACGUUCGCAAACUUAUUCUGGACCAUUGUUCGCAGCCGCAGGCCCCUCGCAAAACAUUCGCGAGUUUAUUCAGAAACUGGCGUGUUUUGUAGGAAGAUCAGGGGCAUCUUCGUAUGAUACUGUACAGUGUACAUACUAUGUAGAGACAUGCACUUUUCCUGAUGCUGA